AUGGCGUUCAACUUCAACUGGUCGCCGUUGAUGGCAGACGCGGGUUUCUACACCCGCGCCCAGGAGCUGCUCACUGCAGCCUUGAAUAAAUCUCCGAAGCCCCCGAUCAUCGUCGAUGAUAUUAUCGUCACUGAGCUGAAUCUGGGCUCGAUGCCGCCGGAUCUGGAAAUACUAGAGAUCGGCGACCUUGCAGAGGAUCGCUUUCGUGGCAUUUUCAAGAUGUCCUACUCGGGCGAUGCCUUUUUGACGCUGAAGACCCGGGUCCAGGCCAAUCCACUCAAUACCUACUUGAUCACGCGACCUUCUUUCGCAUCGCCGCAACCGCUCGCUGCUGCGACCCCGCUUACAAUCCCCCUCCAAAUCACCUUGUCCGAUUUCAAGCUCUCUGGUUUCGUAGUGCUUGUAUUCUCCAAGCAAAAGGGAAUUACCGUCGUCUUCCGAAAUGAUCCUCUCGAGUCGCUCAAGGUCUCGUCGACCUUCGAUUCCAUUCCGUUUGUGCGCGACUUCCUUCAAAAAGCGAUCGAAGCGCAACUGCGUAUACUGUUCAUGGAUGAACUGCCGGCUAUUAUACACCGAUUAUCACUACGAUUAUGGGGCCCGGAAGGUCGCACCAGCGACGAAGAACAGACACCAACUGAUAAUACCGAGCAACACGCGGGCGAUGGCCCCGGCCAAGAUCCUCUGGCUAGUCCGCCACAGGACCCAGUGGACUCCCUUGGAAACGCGCUAAAUGAAUCGGAGAUCGCUUCCUUGUCACUUGAUUCCUCUGUCGAAACCCACUCGCUUUUCUCCCAGAAGAAUUUGCUGCGCUUGGCCGCGUUGACCGAUUCCCAGCGAACACUGUCGCUGUUCACCCCCGCGAUCUCGCAAGUAGUGUAUCGCGCCUGGAUGUCUCCUUCCGAUCUCAACGACUUUUCGGCUAGUGUCGUCUCUCCUCUUAGCCCCGCUUUGUCUCGAACACAUUCGCACGUAGGCAGCCUGGCAUCCUCCGUCAAUGAGGGUGCCAGCACUGUCUCCUUAAGUCGGCAUUCCCUCUCUGGUCAUUCUUUCAGCAGCUAUGGGCUGAACCUCGCCUCUGGGCGGCAUUCCAAAUCGCAUUCCCGCAGACGCAAGAAGCGCGUCGUCGACCUCCGCAAACCUAAGACGACCGAUGACGCCAUGAGCGUGAGCGACGACGGUUCCCACACUGAGUCGUCUGCGCCGCCUUCGAUUUAUUCUGCGCCUCUGCCAGUUGUCAACGAGUUGGCCGAUGAUCCCGUCACUCCUCCGCUCUCCCCAGAGACGGACUCGCACCUGCCAAGCAUCCCCGAGCGACACCGUGCAAGCCUCUCCCGCCCGUCCUUGCGCCGUUCCAGCGUGAUGCCCAGAGAAGAACAACCUUACGCAUUCGAAACCAUUCGCGCUUCGAGGCAGCCAGACAUAGAUGCCACACCACGCCCUGCACGUCACGCUUUCAGCGAUGAGAAAGCCGAUGCGGGACCCUCUAGAGGGCCCUUGCCCUCCACCGUCCUUCCAUUCACCCAGGACGAGUCCAAGGACCAUGUUGACCCGGCCCUAGUCGAGCGACUAGCUGGCGAGAUCGCCCGUCGUAUGCGCGACGAAAAGCUCAUGGCCAGCAACCCGUGCAGCAAUUUCUGGACUCGUCCCCAAGACGAUGCUCCUCCUCCAGCCUAUGGCCACUAG